GGGGGAACAGUCCGUCCGUGGGGGGAAUACUGAAUCACUCCAGGAUGCUUUUGCAGAAGUCUUUGCGCUGUCAUACCACGGCGCAUUCCUGAAAAGGGAAUUCACAGAAUGUCACUGAAAGAGGGGCGUUCUCCCGAAGGGCAUGUCACAGUUGUCUGCAUCCCCAAAUCCCGUGGAUUUUUAACUGAACAAGAAAGGACGCACAUCAAGUUAGCAUCUUAAAGAAGAGGAAAAGAGGAAAUAGAAAAAGAUGCAGGGGGAUCUAGGGUCCCAGCGGAGUUUCAGUGUGUUGGACCGACUCCUCCACACACACCCCGUCUGGCUGCAGCUGUCCAUCAAUGCUGACUCCGCCCUCUAUAUCCUGCUCAGAGAACCUGUCGGGACAUUCCUGGUGCGUAAGUGCAGCUCCAGCCAGAGGAAGUUGUUGUGUGUCAGAGUGACCGCAGACCGAGCAGCAUCCUCCAUUAAGGAGUGUCUCAUAUGUGAGGAAGACUCCACCUUCGCCUUGGAGAGCUCCGCCCUCAGCUUCCCAGACCUCUGCCGAUUGGUGGCCUUCUACUGCAUUAGCAGGGAUGUGCUGCCUUUUCCACUGGAGCUCCCAGAAGCCAUUGCUCAGGCCUCCACCCACAGGAAGCUGGAGGCCAUCUCCCAUAUGGGAUUAGAGUUCUGGAGUUCACUCUCUGACACCCAGAAUGGACCUGGGGAUCUACAGGCUCCACCCACCAUCAAGGCUUCACCCAUUACCACCAAGACUCCGCCCACCAGUGCCAUGCAGGUCAAGGCGGGUCUGUCCCAGGACCUGUGUUACCUGCUGUCCCGCGGCAGACAGGAGUCUCUCUGCUUCAUUAACCCUCUCUUUCUCCAGCUUGAGCAGCAACAGCAGCCGCAACAGUCGAUCCCGGGGGCGUCCCACAAACGCCACCGCUUCAAACGCAGCAUGAGGGUCCGUGUCUCUACAGAGAGCUCCAUGACUCUGUCUGGUUGUGGUGGUGGUGGGGGGGGGGCUGGGUCAUUCCCCUUGCCCCCACCGGAGAACCCCAAGGACCAGGAGAGGCUCCAGCCCACACCCCUCCAGCCCAGUCCCAAACCGCACAGAAAGGUCCAUCCUGGGGCUGGCGUCCUGAGGAAAACCCCUGCACUGUCCCCCAUGUCGGCCGAGGAUGAGGACCUCGUGCCUGUACCGCCAGCGGCUCCAACAGAUCCUCCAGUGGGGGAGGUAGAGGAGGACCCAUCUGCUCCAGAGGAGCCCAGCAUCGAAGAGGCGUGCUUGGCCUUGGAGGGCCACCCAGCCCCCUCUCUGGCCCAACUGGACAGCAGCAGCUCUUUCAGCAGUCUGGAGGAAGAGGACACAGGAGCAGAAGCAGAGGACCAGUUCUUCAAACAACCAAACCCCAACCCUCAGCACCGCCCGCCCUUGGUGCGCUCGCGGGGGGGUCACGGAGGCCUGCAGAGGAUGAGCGCGGCAUUUGUGUGUUUCUUUGCUCCAGAGAAGAGGCUCGCCAGGCUGGUGGAGGAGCUAUCCAGGGAACGGAGGUCUGCGUUUGGUUCCUUGGUCCAGGAGUUCCUCCAGAAGCAGAAAGAGGAGCUGAGAGGGGUCUUGACCCAGGCUGACUCUUCAUCGUCGUUUUCCUCGCCGAAGUCCUCUUUGGUGGUGCUCCAGGGGCUGCGGUGCUUCUUGUCCCAGGCCAAGAGCUUCCUGCUGGACAGCGGAGAACUGUCGCCCCCCCUAGAGACCCUGGUGCCCGAAAACGAGAAAGCCAUAGCCCUGGAGAAGGCCAUGUUUGGCUGUGUGCUGAAACCUCUGAGGGUGCUGCUAGACCAGGCCCUCCUCUCCCUCCACAGACAGGACGGCUCCACCCAGCACCUGGCCUCUAGUCUCCUGGCCUGCCAAGAGGGGGCGAUGGAACGCCUCGGAGUGCUGGUGGGCGUGCCUGACACACGCGGAGUGGAGAGGGUGAGGCAGAAGCUGGGCCUCAUGCAGCGCACCCACUCACCCAUAGACAAGGUGCUGCUGCUGCUGCAGGUCUGCAAGUCGGUCCAGAAGGCCAUGGGGGCCCUCCACGACGGUGGACAGGAAGUGAGCUCUGAGGACUUCCUGCCGGCGCUGUCCUAUGUGAUAGUGAUGUGUAACACGCCUCAGAUCCUACUGGAGGUGGAGUACAUGAUGGAACUACUAGAGCCCUCCUGGCUCACUGGGGAGGGUGGCUACUACCUGACCAGUGUCUAUGCCAGCCUCUGUCUGAUCCAGAGCCCUGAAGCGAAGGGGGACCAAGUCCCCCCAGGAGGUCUGACCCGCGAGGCCCUGGACGGGCUGAGGGAGUGGGGCCGCAGACGCAGCCUGGAAGCCAAGAGCAACCGUGAGAGACAACAGAACCAGAGGUGUGUUCGGGUACUGUUCCAGGACGGCGAGCGCAGCGCUGUGCGGACGCUGCAGUGGAGAGCCGGGGAGAGCUGCGAGGCCCUAGCCCGGCUCUGUGCCUCCACCUUCGGAGUCUCCGAGCCCCAGGACUACACCCUCUACUGGAGGUCCGGGGGGGAGAUGAGGACCCUUCCCACCCAGACACAGCCUCAGGACCUGGCCAGCCACAGUGAGGGAGGCCCCUCUCUCUCCUACCUUCGCACGGACCACGACUUCAGCAAGAUGCGGCGCCUGACCAGAGGGGGAGCUGUGGACCUGGGGGAGUCCGUGUGUGAGGAGUGAAGGAGGGAGGGCGAUGGAAGGAAGGAGGGCGAUGGAGGGAGGAAGAGGAGGUGGAAGAGUCCUUCUCGGAUCUCAGCGUUUUUCGAUUUAUUGAUUGAUUAAAAAAGCUGUGUUGUG